AUGAUCUUGAGGUUAAGAACGGCAGUACUGGCAGUGGUGUCCCUUAGCGGACUGGUACUCUCCCAGACAUGGUCGUCCUGCAAUCCCUUGCAUACAACAACAUGUCCUGCCAACCCCGCCCUGGGCAUGACCAUCAACGUUGAUUUCACCAAGGGUUCCGUCAACUCGUUCGCCCCGAGCGGCGGCAACCCGACCUACGGCAGCGACGGCGUAACCUUCACUGUCUCCAAGGGCGGCGACAGCCCGCAGCUCAUCAGCCAGUUCUACAUUAUGUUUGGGCGCGUCGAGAUCGUCAUGAAGGCCGCGCCCGGCAAGGGCAUCGUCAGCACGUUGGUCCUGCAGUCGGACACGCUUGACGAGAUCGACUACGAGUGGCUGGGCGCCGAUGACAGCGAGGUACAGUCCAACUACUUCGGCAAGGGUCUCACCACCAGCUACAACCGCGGCCAGUUCCACGCCAACAAGGGCAACCAGGACGACUUCCACAAGUACGUCAUCGACUGGACCGAGGAGCGCAUCAUCUGGCUCAUCGACGGCACCGCCGUCCGCACCCUGCGCGCCUCUGAGGCCGAGCCCAACCAGUACCCCCAGACCCCGAUGCAGAUCAAGUUUGGCGCCUGGUCCGGCGGCGACCCGUCCCUGCCCAAGGGUACCAUCGACUGGGCCCGCGGCCCCACCGACUACAGCAAGGGGCCCUUUUCAAUGAAGGUCAAGUCCGUCAUGGUGGCAGACUACUCGACCGGCAAGCAGUAUAAGUACGGCGAUUCGAGCGGCUCCUGGAAAAGCAUCCAGGCCGUCGAUGGCGCCGUCAACGGCAACGCCGGCAAGGUCGGCAGCCCCACCAUCACCGCCACCGCCCUCGCCUCGAGCUCGCUGUCUCCCGGCGUCCCCGCCGGCAUCGGCGCCAACGCCAGCCCUGCCCCUCGUGUCACUGGUGCUCUCCCAGACGGCUGGAUUAUGAGGCCCAAUGGAAAGAUCGUGCCAAUAGGCAAUGCAGUACUCAUUCGCCCUAGCGUGAUGUUGGCACUGUGCCCGCUUGCUAUUUCUCUUAUCUUGGGUGCCCUGAUGUUGUAA